AUGAGUAACCUUCUCAUGAUGGGCGCAAAAUUCGCCUUAUUAAUGAGCUUCCUGCUUAUAAGGGGGGAUACAGAAAUAGGUGUGCUCGUCAAUAAGCUAAGUGGAGACAAGAAAGCAAGACUUCUAAGUGUUACGGUAUCGUCUAGUUGUAAAUCUGUGCACAGCUUGUUUAAGCGUUGCAACGCUGGAGAGAUGCUCACCUACGUAAAGAUGAAAAGGGCCAAAAGUAGUUCGCGCUUGUGCGUGGAUUUACGCAAUCACAAAUGCGAAAAGUGCAAAAAGGGGUUUUAUAACUUUUCUAGGGACAACAAAAUAUGUGUACCCUGUCCCCUUGGCACGUUCAGCGACGCGGAGGGGUCCAUUGUGUGCAGAAAUUGUCCAAGCGGAUCUACCACGAAAAGCACAGGGUCGGAAUACUCUCAGAACUGUGUCUGCAGCAAAGGUCUCUCAAAAGAACAAAUGAAAGAACAAAUGAGCUUCAAGGUAGACCCCACCGACGGCAGGUGUGUAAAAUGCAGUGCGCUCGAAUCAUGUGACGACGGCGAAAAUGUGUGGUCCUUUAAAAAUAUGUGCACGAAGGAACAUGGCGAAGAGUACGUAGAACUGUGUAGGAACGUACGAACAGGUCAAGUGUACAGUUUUCAAAUUUCAUGUUUUAAAAAAGACGUUUGUUUGAAUCACAAAGAAGGGAAGAGCUGUCUGGAGGGGAAUAAAUUAAUCCAGUGUAAAAUUUGUGAUGAAAAUUUCAGAUCCGACUUCGUAACCCCAGUGAAGCGUCCCUGCGUGCUCUGUAGUUUUACAACGUAUGUAGUUUCUCUAUACUUUGUCACCUUGGGCUUUUUCCUAAGUAUUUUAAUACUCACCUGUACAGAAAGGGAAAGAGAAAUGAAAAUAAUAAGACUGGUUGUUAAAUAUACGAGGUAUAUGUCUCUACUCAGGUACGUGAACUCCAAUUAUAGCCACUUCCUUUUAGACGCGCUGCACUUUUUCACGGUGGGAGUUCCGCUGAAUGAAGUCCUCGAUUGUAUAUUCACGAGGGGUACUAACGGAGAAAGGAUUGAAAAGAAGGUUGAUUUUUUGCUAUAUUUGCCUCUGCUAUUUUUAGUAUUCCCCUUUUUUGGAACAAUUGUCCUUCGCCUGUUAAGAAAGCAAGGCAAAGAUGAGCUAAACAAUAACUCCAGUAAAAGUGGGGUGGAUAACAUUCCCUCCCUGGACGAGCACAAAUCUUCCCUUACAGAAAACAACAAACGGAAAGCACAAGAGAAUGGCAUAUACUUUGCGCAGUUUUUCAUUUUAUACCAUGAAUAUCUCUACUUGGAAAUAAUAAGGUUAUGUGUUUUUUUUUAUUUUUGUAAUUAUGAUGAACAGAGGAGAGGCGACUUUUUGAUAGCGGAUGAUUCUUUAGAGUGCACAAAAAUGAGGAGAAAAUAUUACGUAAAAAUAUGGAUAAUCGUACUAUACAAUACGUUUGUUAAUUAUUUCGACUACUUUUUAUUUUUUCUGAAGAAAUAUAUUCCCAGUUUAGACGUCUUAUGUGUGUUAAAAGGAAGGGUGAGUACGCUUAGCCCUUUGGAUGACUUUUUCAUGCUACUCUUUUUGUUUUUUUUUCACAAACGAUUUUUUAACAACGUGAAGGUAUCUCUAAUUGUUAAUCAUAAGAAUGGUAUAUAUAACAAUAAUGUGCACACGUUUCAGUUUGUUGUCAUUGCGGUGUCGUUUUCUCUCUAUACAUUAAUUACAUUUUUAUGCGUCUACCAAUGGGACGAUUACGUGGGGGAACAAGAACUGAGCGAAUUAGGAAAUAGGAGAAAUGUAGGGAAUAUUGUGAAGACGUCCCCAUUUUAUGAGGAAGAAGAGGGGAGAAAAACAGAGGUCAACAAAUCCGAUGUCGCCAAGGAGAAAAGUGAUAACAAUGACGGAGAAGCAGAAAAGGUGGAAUUGAAAAAUGGACAAAUGGGUGUGCCACAUGGUGAGGGGGGGGAAAAAGACGAAGAUGAGGGCAUAGAAGAAGACACAAAUGAGCACAGACGGGGAACUCCAACAGGGGGUGACAAACAAGACCACCCCGCUACCCCAUCCUGUCGUAUUCAAGUGGUAAAACUGCUGUCCAAAUAUGUUAAAGAACGCAAAACUGAGAAAUUCUUUUUCUACUUUUCCAUGCUUGUGCAUGUCACCAUUUCGCUCUCCUACUACACCUUUUUAAGCUACGUGCAUGGAAGAAAUUUCUUGGGGGUGCUGACAACCAUUUCAGUGCUAUGCAAUGGAUUGAUUUAUGCCAUAAUUUUCUUCCUGCUCAUAAAAUUGGUAAGAGGGAAUAACCUGAAGAAGGACAAUAGAAAAUGGUUCAGAUUUAGCGGCAUCAGAAGGAGGAUAGGAAAGGCGAAAUGGGUGGCCAUAUGGAGAAGAAAAACAAGCGGAACAGAAGAGGAACAAACAAAUAGGAAACAUGUAGUAGCAUUCAAACAAAGAAAUAAAAAAAUGGAGGAGAAAUACUUUUUGAAAAAUGAAAAAAGGAGUAUAAUGUUGAUAAAUAAUAUCCUGAAGAGCAGCAAAAGUUUUAAGGUUCAUUUUGGUGAAGUGGCUAGCAAGUCAGAAAAUGAUAACUCCCUUAAAAACAAGGAAAGAAGCAAAUUUAUGAGAAGGUACAAAUUACUAGGAAUAUCCAAAAAGUGGAUUAUGUUUCUUCAAAAUGUGGUAGAUCUAUCCGAUGAACCGGAGAAGUGCUUGUCUAUGUUGAUCAGCUUAACGCUAGAGAAGGAGUUUCCCAGUCUCGACUUAGACGCCUGUUUGGAAAUAGUACAGAAGAAUUAUUUUUCCACAAUGAAGAAUGUGCCAACUAUUUUGAAAAACUUUCUCAAAUACACGAAUAAGUUUUUAGCAAUUUUGGAGAGAAGGAAAAAAGGAGAAAAGAAAAAUUCAAACGGGCGCAUAAACGACUGCGACGAGUCGGCAAUCAUUUUCGCAUGGGGGUUAAGCAUUCUCAGUUUCGGAAAUCUGCAAGAUGUAAACUAUAACCUUUCGCUUGUCCUAUUUCACGUUUCCAAUGUGCUAGCCAAAUGUAGAUAUAUGAAGUACAUAAUGGAUUACUAUUUUAGGUAUAUGCCCUAUUGGGGGGUUAUUCCUUUUGCAGGUUUGGGAAAUUACUACCUCCCCCGUGAGACGACAACGGGGGGCACACUACCCAUUUGUGACACUAUUAAUAACAGGUAUGGGGACCAAGAAGGGGAAAGCAAUUUUAAUAGGGUUGACCCCGGAAGGGUGGACAAUCAAACUGUAGCUUUCGAAUCGUUAGGGGAGGAUAGACACCCAGAUGGAUAUAUAAAUGGGAAGAACGAGCAGCUCAAUGUAGAUGCGCCAAAUCAGCAAGCGUGUUUAGGUCCACAAUUUACCCAUACUGCGAAGAUGGAAAGCUACCCAGGGGAGCUAGGCACUUCUCCAUCGGGUUGUACCCCGAGUAGGAUAACUCAAUCUGGUUUAAGCAACAGGAGAAGAGGCACCCUAGGAAAGAGAGACAAUCAGGCGGGGGAUGGACUCCCCCUCGAAUUUGAGCUUAACCGUAUAUACGCCAAGGAACUUUGCAGAAUUUACGUGCAUUGUUUAUUAGCAGAUGUGAGCGAGAUGUACAAAGGCAUACAAUACACGCAGACGUGCGAAAAGUACCUAUGUAGUGGGGUUUUAAACCUAUGGGGGGAGCACCACAAGAAUAGUAGCAAUAUGUAUAUGAGGAGGUAUUACGAACAUUUGGAGAGGUGGGCAGGACUGGAGGUAAACACCGUCCAAGAUCCAACGGAAGCAAUUUUCAACAUAGAAGAUUACAUAAGCAGCAGGGUUAUAGAAAUAGAUUUUUAUGGACAAUUUGAGCACCUAAAGGGUGACACGAAAAAUUAUUUAAUGAGUCUAAUUAAAGAAGGGGACUCUUUACAUGUGAAGGAGUUAACAAACUUUUCGGAGAUACCUCGAGAUAGAUCUCAAGAAAUGGAUAGAAAAGAAAAGGAAGAAAAAGAGAAAAAAAGAAAACGAAAAAAUGAACAAUUUUGCAAAGUUUUCUGUAGCGCUUUGCCAGUGUGCAUAGAAAAACGCUGUUGGGAAUUUCUAGACAAAAAUGAACUGAAGCAGAUUGAAGAGGAAAAAAGGCAAAGAAGAAAUUUCACAAUUUCGUGUGAAAACAUGGGGGAAGAAUAUUUUAAUGUACACGUAUUGAAAAAUUAUGAAGAAAAAGUGACCUAUUUUAAGAUUGACUGCUAUGGAGGGGUCAUUUCGGUUGGGGGAGAAUUUGUGAACAAGAAAGGGUUUAUCCAAAAUGUGCGCAAAAAUAAUGUGGAAAAGGGGCGGAGAAAGACAGCUACCGAGGGGGAUAAAAAAGACGAGGCAAAUUUUACGGAAGAGGAAGACGACAAAUUUUUAACCGAAGAGAGUGUCCAGAUGUUGAACACAAACAUGUACAAUUAUAUAAAUUACGAACGCGUGGAGGGUUCCAGAAUGGAAAUAUUUACCCACAACAGUUACGAGGGUGACAUAGGCAUUACAGGAGAUUUGAAGGGAAUGAAUUUUCAUGAUAGAAAUGCACUAUUGGUUUUAAGCCCCACGGUUGUUAUACCUGCGGAAUGCACCAUAGAGGUGUGGCUGUUUGUUGGUUCAAGAAGAGAUACAAAUGGACUGGAAAAGAGUUUCCUAUUUUGCGACAUGGAAGGAAAUUCCCCAUUCGUCAUCUCCAGAAGGGGAAACAAAAUUGAGGAUAUAGAAAUACACAUCAGUGAUAAGCGCAGGUUAAGCAGUUACUUUAGACAACAGCACAAUGAGGGGCGGGGGGAACCCAUGGACGGGGGGGAGACUACCGGGAAGGAAAACCUUUGGAACGUUUACAUAAAAUGCGAGAAGACACCCAAAUGGAAUAAAAUAAACUCCAUAGUGAAGCAGAAUGAGUGGAACUUAUUAAAUAUAACCAAAUGUGCUAGUGGAAUAAUUUACUACAUUAAUGGGAAGUACAUGAACAGCGUCUCGCACGAAGUGUUAAAUUUAGAGAAAGAAUUACAGAUGAGCAUAUUUGGAAAUUCCUGCUUUGGAAAUAAUAACAUAGGAUUAUGUUCCUCUUUUAAAAUCUUUGAGUUUUUAAAAAAGGAAGAGAUAAAGAGAAGAUACCAAAUUGUGAAGAAAGUUAAAGGAAGAGAAAUGGUUGGAGAUAAUCUCUGCAUGGAGAUGAAAGACCAAGUAAUAGAAGGCAUAGAUGUGAGAGAUAAAUGCAUGCAGGUUUGGGAAUUUUUCAUAUACUUUACGCAAUCGCAGAAGGAGAAGACUAGGGUUGUUGCCUUAACCAAUGAUUCUAAUUACAGAGUGAAAAUUUAUCAGCUACGCUUGGUUCCUAAGUACACAGGUGCCACUUCUCGAGGGGGGGAAAACAGUCCUGGGGAAAGUCCCCCAAGUGCGUACUUGUAUGAAAGAAACGGUGAAGAGUUACAUAGCAAAGGGAACAAAUUAGUGUUGACGGAUCAACCAAAUGGUGAAGUAGAGGGAUGUGCAAACCUCCACAGGAAGUGCGAAAAAAUAAUCCACAUCGAUGAUAAGGAAGAGUAUGGUUACAAUGUGUACUUGAAAAAAGUGAGCAGAAAGGAAGACGCUCCAAAGAUUUACGGAAUAAAUAUAUUUUCUGACCUCCUUUGCUAUGCAUGCGAUUUGUCCAAAUUUUAUAACCUAAUUUUGGACCCGCCUUUAUCCAUAUAUAACGAAUUAGUAAAACCGUUCGGGUAUACGCUAUGCCUUUGGGUGUUCCUGCCCAUAGAGGAGAACGUUUCCUUUUCUUCACUAGUUAGUGGAGAGAAGGAUGCACAUAUAUGCGUUUUUAGCGAUAGGCUAGUUAUUGGAUGUGUUCAGAAUUACAGACGACGGGGGAACAACCAGUGCCAAACCUUUUACCACUCUUCUGGAUUCAGUGUCAAGAAUCUGAAGAGGGGGUGGUACUACCUAACAGUCGUUGGAACUUUAAGGGGGCAAUUUUACUUUAUAAAUGGCUGCUUCAAGGGACAUCAUAAUUUUUGCUCCUUUGAUGAUAUAAAAUAUGUAGGAAAUAGUAGCUUGUUUGUUAACCCAUUUUCUUAUAUUUGUUUCUUCAAAAUGGUGACGAAGCCUUUAUCUGUCACUGAAAUUAUGUGUGAAUAUGCAUGCCCUGCUUAUGAUAAGUUAGCUGCUUCGUCUGGUUCUUCUUAUUGGUACUUACUUUUUGCAAACGUGUUAGGAAGAACAGCCGAAAAUAACGGGAGUGUAGACUCCCUCAGUGAUAAAUCUACGUCUUCGACUGGUUCAGACAAGGGGAAGUAUGUCCACUUUGAAAUUACAGAAUUUUUGAAUGUGCACAUUUAUCCGUAUCUAGAGAGGAAAGAUUACCAAUUCGCGUUAUCCGUUACGUCUAUAAGGAACAGGAAGUUAUUUUUUUUUAACAGAAAAAAGGAGCAAGUGAACAAUUUGAAUAUAUACCUGAACGUCAGCAUAGUGUUGCCUUCAUGUUGGGCAAUUUUCGCUGUCAUCAAUUUGGCGUAUGUGAAUAAAUCUACCUAUCACUGUUUGGUGGGGGGGCAAAAUGGAAAUUCGCAUGUUGCCAUUAAAGGGUCGAAUUUAGCCUUAGGGGUUUUAACACACUUGGGGGAGGACUACUUGCAAAAGGGGGAAAUACUUGAUGGGGUUACAAAUGGGGAAAGAACAAACCAUUUAUUGGUACGGGGUUCCUCCUCAAAUGAUAGGAACAAGGCCGCAUCGAGGGGUACUAAUAAAAUGGGUAAUACAGCCCAGUGCCAAACGGACACCAAUAUGUGUAACAAGAAUUAUCCCCCUUUUCACAGCUCAGGGUAUAAUCUGCAGAAGGAGCUGAACGAGGAAAUUCUACUAACAACCAGGUGUCGACAGAAUGAGCAGACCUUUUUCAUUGAUUCGCACAAGGUGGGAGUGUGCAAAUCAUGUCUCAGUCCCAUAUGCUGCAUUGGCAACUGCCGAUCUGUCAGUGGCGAAUAUUUGUCUCCAUUCGGUUUUUACAAAUUUGUGCGGGUCGUUUUUGAGGACGUUACGGAUGAACAGGUCAUCCAGUUUUACCGUUCCUUUCCUUUGCGAGGGGAGCACAGGUAA